CAAAUCCGCGCACACCCAAUGCUGCAUGUCGCAUGUUUGGUGACGUCCAAGAGUCGAGUGGCUGGGAAGUCUGUGGUCCGACCUCAGGCCUGGUUGUGUUGUUGUUGCCGUCGUCGAAGAGGCGAUAAAACCCAGGUGGAUGUCUCAGUAGCUCCCGGGGCCCGUUUCGACCGGGUGUGAACCGAUGAAGCUCUUCAUUGACUGACUGAAGCGGAAACGGUCGAAGGUGUUCGCCUGCUAGCUGAAGCUACUGCUAACUGCCAGCGAGGAAGCGGCGAGAGGGAAAAGAUGACAUCUCGGAGGUGGUUUCACCCCAACAUUACAGGUGUGGAGGCUGAAAACCUCCUGCUGACUCGAGGAGUGGAUGGGAGCUUCUUAGCCAGACCCAGUAAAAGCAAUCCAGGAGACUUCACCCUUUCAGUACGGCGAAAUGGAGCUGUCACCCACAUUAAGAUCCAGAACACAGGAGACUUCUACGACCUUUAUGGCGGGGAGAAGUUUGCCACUCUUGCAGAGCUGGUGCAGUACUACAUGGAGCAUCACGGCCAACUGAAAGAGAAAAACGGAGAUGUGAUUGAGCUCAAAUAUCCACUCAACUGUGCAGACCCCACGUCAGAGAGAUGGUUCCACGGUCACCUGUCAGGCAGAGAAGCUGAAAAGCUGCUGACAGAGAAAGGCAAGAACGGCAGCUUCCUGGUGAGGGAGAGCCAGAGCCACCCGGGCGACUUCGUCCUGUCCGUCCGCACUGGAGAUGACAAGACGGACAGCAGCGACGGCAAACCCAAAGUCACUCACGUCAUGAUCCGCUGCCAGCAAGACCUCAAGUUCGACGUGGGUGGAGGGGAGAAGUUCGACUCUCUCACAGACUUGGUGGAGCACUACAAAAAGAACCCCAUGGUGGAAACUCUGGGCACUGUGCUUCAGCUCAAACAGCCGCUCAACACGACUCGUAUCAAUGCAGCGGAGAUUGAGAGUCGGGUCCGGGAGCUGAGCAAACUGGCGGAGGCCACAGACAAGGUCAAACAGGGCUUCUGGGAGGAAUUUGAGACCUUACAGCAACAAGAGUGUAAGCUGCUCUACAGUCGCAAAGAGGGCCAGAGAGCCGAGAACAAGAACAAGAACAGAUACAAGAACAUUCUGCCUUUCGACCACUCGAGAGUGGUGCUGAACGACGGGGACACCAACGAGCCAGGCUCCGACUACAUCAACGCCAAUAUCAUCAUGGUAGUAUCUGCUGUCAUGCCGGACCUGGAAAACAAAGGUAACAGCAACAAGGCAAAGAAGCACUACAUCGCCACUCAGGGCUGCCUGCAGAACACCAUCAGUGACUUCUGGCGGAUGGUUUUUCAGGAGAACUCGCGGGUCAUCGUCAUGACCACCAAAGAGGUGGAACGAGGAAAGAGCAAGUGUGUGAAGUACUGGCCAGAAAUGUCGGCACUGAAAGAAUACGGGGCCAUGCGUGUUCGUAACGUAAGAGAGACAGCGGCUCACGACUACAUCCUACGGGAGCUGAAGCUGUCCAAAGUUGGUCAGGGAAACACAGAACGCACAGUUUGGCAGUACCACUUCAGGGCCUGGCCGGACCACGGCGUCCCGACAGACCCCGGCGGCGUGCUCGACUUCUUAGAAGAAGUCAACCUGAAGCAGGAAGGCAUUCUGGAUGCUGGACCAAUAGCGGUACACUGCAGUGCAGGGAUCGGGCGGACGGGAACCUUUAUCGUGAUCGACAUCCUGAUAGACGUCAUCAGAGAAAAAGGAGUGGACUGUGACAUUGACGUGCCAAAGACCAUCCAGAUGGUCCGCUCCCAGCGCUCUGGGAUGGUGCAGACGGAGGCGCAGUACAGGUUCAUCUACAUGGCCGUGCAGCACUACAUAGAAACGCUGCAGCGGCGCAUCGAGGAGGAGCAGAAAAGUAAGAUUAAAGGCCGCGAGUACACCAACAUUAAGUACUCUUUGUCCGACCUGAGUGGCGGAGAGCAGAGCCCGUUGCCUCCCUGCACUCCUAUUCCUACUCCCACUUGUACAGAGAUGAGGGAGGACAGCUCCAGGGUGUACGAGAACGUUGGCCUGAUGCAGCAGCAGAAGAGCUUCAGAUGAGACUCUCUUUUCACUCCACUGCUCUAUCAGCUCCAGGAUCUUGAUACCUGACAGUUUUUCGCCAACCACACUUUGACGCCUGAGACAUGGAACAACGGGGGGGAAAACAAACUAAAUCAAAGACAGGAGGGAGACCAGACGCCAGGGUCGCCGUCCUGUCCUCGCUCAUCCUACACCAAUAUUUUCCCUCAGCUUGAAUUUCUUAAACCACUGUGAUCAUCAGAGGAGCCUUCGACAAGCCUAACACGCUAAAUCACCUACUAAACCACAACUCUGGGUUUGGCCUUUGUUAAUCUGAGCCCGACCGGGGCUGCAGCGGGGAGCGCUGCCCUCAUAGGGAAGGCAACCAAACUAACCUUCUCUCAUUUUAUUUCUUUGCCUUCUUUCUUUAGAGUCAGUGAAUAAUGUAGAUUGUUUGCAGACAGAUGUGAAGAGUUUCCUGGACAGGACUGUGCCAAAACCAACAAGAGGUUUUAACCUUCAGUUUGCAGCCGCUUGACGAGUUAUUUGACGUGUAAUCGGGGAAGAGUUGAGCUCUUGUUUUUAGGACGAUGUUCCAAAGAAUUAUUUAUCAUUUAAUUCUCAGUCUUCUCACUUUUAAACAGAUAUUCUCUUUAUGGAGAGAACUGAGCUGAAACUGGAACCAUAAUCCAGGCUGUUAAGAGUUUAAAUUAAUUUGUAUUAUUAUUUUUUGUCUCCUAGUUCACACAGGUUUAUUCUGCUUUCAGAGAUUCACAUCGUCUGUUAAUUAAUCAUUCCUGAGUUGAAGCCGAAUGUCCUUAAUGCUGCGCUCUUAUUUAGCGGCAUAGCAGUUUCUGUCGAGCCUUGAACCACCCGGUGGAUUUAGGAGUAAUCCGGUUUGGGGUUUAGACAGGAGUUUCCAUGGCGACCCGCACUUCUUUAUCACCGUAAGUUGACCGUAUUGAGAUUUCAGGGGAGGCCGUCGUGUACCCACAGUUGUAGGCAUCGCCACAUACGCAUGGCUACCAAAAAAAAAAAAAAAUUUUUACUUUAAGUGCUUAUUACUUCUUUCAUUCUUUCUUUUUUAAAGACAAAGGCUUUUGGUGUACCAUUGCCUAUUUUGAGCACCACAUGUACUUAAAGAGUCACUGUUUGGAGAAGCAGUCACACAUCUCUCAGCUUUGGCGGCGUAUAAUAGUUGUUGAUGUGCUCGUAGUCGUUCUCACACUCACAUGCACAAGUAUACAGGUUUGUAGUAUUUUUCAGCUCUUUUUGCUAAAGUGUUUAAGGGAAUACAGAAGUCUGACAUUUUGGGGAAGUAACUCCUGUUUUUUUUUUUUUUCUGGUCCUGGGUGAGAAGGUUGGAUUCCAUGCUGAUCUGAAAUAACAAAUGACACUACAGCCAGCAGCUGAUUGGACUGGUUUAGCAUGUAGAGGACAAAGGCGGGUCCACGUCUGCCUGUGGUCCAAAAAGCGAUCUAUGUGCAUCUAGAAUAAAGUCUUUGUUCCUUGACUUUAUUUGGAGGAGAGAGGAGGAUGUACAGGUAUCGUCUCUGCUGCCUUUUUGGUCAUCUGAGAGAUUCGAACAGGGACGUAUCGUAUCGUUUCAGGCCAACUUCAUCCCAAGCGCAUUGGUCAUCAGCUUCAUAUUUGAGGAGCAGAGUGGAAUCUCACCAGCGAGCGGCAGGAGAAUACAAGGUUCUUCCCCAAAACCUCAGAUGCAUGCUUUAUCCUCAGCUGCCAUAUUCGAAGAUGUCGGUCAUUCAUUUGCUCUUUUUUUUUUUAAGAUUUUUUUGGGCUCUAGUGGCCCUUUUAUUCAAGUUGCAGACAGGAAGGGGGUAGAGAGAGAGAAUGGGGAUGACAUGCAGCAAAGGUGCGCAGGCCGGCAUUCGAACCUGCGACCGCUGCAGGAGGACUGUAGCCUCAGUAUAUGAGCCGCUUGCUUAACCCACUGCGCCACCAAGCGGCCCAUUCACUUGCUCUUUUCCAGUACCGCGUCAUGCUUCAUUUGCCAUGUUCCCGCCUUGAGAAUCUGCAGUGUUGUGGUUGAACUUACUGUAACCGCGCUCAGGACCUCCCCGUCUGACGAACGGGAUGAAGCGACGCUCUUCUUCUGUCCUGUCGGGACUCUUCUCAGCUAAUCCAGGACUCAAAAGCUUCUUCUGUGUUUAACUUUAUAACUCAUGAAAUCAGUGUUUUUGGGACGCUGCUUCCUCUCGCCAGAGGACCCCACCACCACCACCACCACCACCACCACCACCACGGGGGUGAAUGCAGCUCUCGCACCGAGAUGCUCCGUAGUCUGGUGUACUGUAUGCAGUUUUCUCGUCGAACGGAUGACUUUGCACCCGUCUGUUGUGUUGUGGAGUGCUUGCUCGUGGUGUUCUGCUUCCCGUGGUGUGUGUGUGUGUGUGCGCGCGCGUGUGUGUUUAUAAUGCUUUCCUCUGUAUUAUUUUUUUCUUCUCAGAUGAUAAAACUUCUUUCCAUUAAUCACGUAAGCGGUGCAGAUGCAUAGGCGUGCCUUCUAUGCAUCUGCCUCCGCGUAUGAAACACACAGCAGUGCUCUUGAGUUUCAGCUCCAUUCAAGAACCUUAACAUUUUAAAUGUGAAUUCUUUCAUCACGAACAUCCUGAACAAACAAAAAAAAAGUAAAACGAUGAUCACGAUGCAAACAAACUAUAUUUUUUAACAUGUAUAUUGUACAUGAGCACCAGGUAUAGGAGAAUGUACUUACUAAAACAUAUCUACUUGCCAAUAAAAUAUACUGUAUGUAUAUUUCUCCAGCUUUGUCCCUGCGACACACGGAGGGACGCCACUCAAAGCUUCAGAGGUGUAUUGUAUGACUCUCAAUGCAGUUAACCAUGUUGACUUCCUCAAUAACAAUAAAUGGCUAGCUCAUA